AUGACGCCGAAGUUUCGGAUCGAGAAGCGUGCUAACAAUCAAUUCCAGUUCCGGGAUGCCAAUGACUGGGCGCUCUAUGAGAUUUUCAAGAGGUGCGAUCCGACAACUGUAGGGCGCUGUGCUGCGGUUUGCCGACGUUGGCGCCGAAUAAUUGAAGAUAAAUAUUACUCCAAGAAGCACGCAAGCGAGCCUCCGUCAACUGCAAGAAUGUUGGCUCGACCAACUGACGUGGAUUUACUCGUCGGUGAUCUUGGUCGCAUUUUGAUAACUGAUCGACGAAGGAUGAUCUUGGAGCGAGUCUACAUGGGCGAUUCACUAAAAAUGUACGAGUUGGAGAGAAGGCGUGAAUACGAGAAAAAAUUUAAGUCGAUCAACUUCGGCAAUACGACAACGCCUGCUCGCUCUCCUCCUCGUUCACCGCCAAAAGCCUUCGUCGAUUCCGUUUAUGUGAAGGACCAAGUUGUUGCCGACACGAAGAGAUCUAACUGGGCCUAUUCUUUCGAUGUCGAGAACUGGAUUGCUGAUUACGACAUACAAGAGGUUGUACUUACAAAUUUCUGCAUGUUUCUCGAGCGAGAAAUCCAAGAAAUGGCCGAGCCGAUAGUGCGACCGCCCAGUUCCCGUGAAUCUUUAGUGCAAGCGACGAAUUUCACUUCUCUGAAUACACCACCAUGGUCACCUGCUCAAUCGCCGAUUUCAAACGGAAUCAUUUCUGGUGCUCAUCCCUCGACCUCAUCCUCCUAUAUGGGGAGCGAGCGAGAAAUUAGUGUCUGUGAAGUCAACAACUGGGAUGAAGAAACGAUGGAAGUGGAACUUCGUAGUAUGUCUUCCGGUCGCGUCGAACGUCUCGCACAAGCACUGUCGCCGAUUUCCCCACUCCAUAUCCACUUCAAGGAUACAACUCGUCUGAUGCGCCGGCCAAUAAGGAUGAUUUUCUACACAAUCAAACUUAUGCGCCGCAAUCUUCGCCGUAUCACCCUCGAAAACCUGUGUGCAGCGGAUCCAAUUGAUUUGGAUAAAUGGCUGACACUCGGUGGACUUGAUCUACUAGUCAUCAAAGAACCGGCUCUCAACUCUGGGCUCAACGUCACCGAGCAGAUACUGUUCAAAUGGUUGCGACUGCCUGAAGCAAAGCGCGGAAAAAUACGCAUAGAGCUCGACAAAUGCCGCGGGCUAACGCCGGAAGGGUUGACGAAAUUUGUCAAGGCAUGGCAGGCUGCUCCCGAUUAUUGCGAAUUUGCCCAUAUACAAAUCGACUGCGAAACGCUUCACCCGGUUGAAUUCUUGGCUUACAUACUGAUGAAGCCAGAAGAACGGCUAUCGGCCACGCUUUUCCGUGAAUGGCAGAACCGAAGGCAGUUGAGCGAGCGCAAGAUUUCGUUUACUAACGAGAAGACUGGCGGCAAGAUACACCUUCACACCACACGACAGCUGAUGACGCUGACUUGCGAGGCACCCUGGGAGCUGGCCCGGCGGAAAGCGAAAAGAGAAACUGGACCGGAUGAACCUGUUCCUGCGUUAAAGUUUAGACCUAAGACGCACAUCUUCGAGAAUCUCUGUAGAUUCCCGGCCAUUUCGCCGUAUGAACCGAGCAUCAAGCUGCCAAUCUCUGAAUGGUUUUGGGUGAAUCUCGACAACUUCCACAUCACCUGCUUGACGAAUCAUACCCUGGAACCGGUCUUUAAACGCCAAUUUAUGGGACUACGUGAUUCUACGCGCCCUGAAAAGUAUAUUCGUGGAAAACGAGCUAUACCGACUCCGCGUCGCUUCGAUUUGAAAAGCCUAUCAGUACAUCUUCUGGUCCUCGACAGUACUUCUCGCACACAAUUUCAACGGCAUAUGCCGGGAAGUUAUGCCAAGAUGCUGGAUAUGGGUUUUGUCGUGUUAAAUGGAUAUAAUAAGGUUGGCGACAACAGCAACGUCAAUUUGCUACCAAUUAUAGCCGACCCUUUGGCCGAAGCAAAAAACUACCCAACCCUCACGAAAGAGGGCGAGAUCGAGAUGGCAAACAUUUUGCCAUACAACGAAUCGAUCAAUCCGGAUACAAUUCCGUUUAUUUGGAAACGCAUGAGCGCUCGAGGCUGCGAAACCCUAUUUAACGAUGACGUUAUGGAUACGCGCCGCGGGAUUCUUCAUUACCCUAGCAAGUACUUUAUGCCUGGCUUUUCGAAAAAGCCAACCGACCAUUACUAUAGGCCAUUUUACACGAAUUUUUACGAGGAGGUGGCAAACAAAUGGAAGAUCUGCUACAACGGCCGGAUGAUGCCCUAUGAAUUUGCCGAUACAUGGGCCCGCUUUGUUCGUUUUACAGCUGACAAAUGCGCCUUUUCAUUUAAUUUUAUUACCAGCACAACCCACGAUAAUCCAAACAACCUACAGGUUUUAAAUGAAUAUUUAUUGGAACGAUUGCGGGAAUUUGAAAAGAACGAGAGUUUGGAAAGCAGUGUAUUGUUGAUAAUGGGUGACCAUGGGCAGCGGGUGCAUGUGGCCACUCACAGUUUUGCUGGUCGGAUCGAGGAACGAACACCUUUUAUGGCCAUUUAUUUGCCGAAGAAAUUACGGAGCACCUAUCCAGCCGAAAUGCAGAUUUUAGCCGAUAACGCGAACCGUUUCACUUCGAAUUUCGAUGUCCACGAAACAUUACUCGACUUAAUUGAUGGGAAAAUCGGCAGUGGGCGCCCAAAUUCGCGUGGCAGCAGUUUAUUUCUGAAAAUCCCCGCCAAUCGUACCUGCCUUCAAAACAAUGUCGUCUCUACGUUUUGUCUAUGCAUGGAAGAGUUGCCAAAAACAGUGCCAAAAAAACCGACGAGUGCUCAAAUUAUUCCACAUAUCAAGAAAUAUUUGCGAGCCGCCAAUUGUCUUGAUGUGGACACAUUGCGUUGUGCAUCCGAUCUGUCUUACCUGACCUUACCCAAAAUGGCCCUAUUGGGUCGGAGAAGUUUACAAGAUGUUGAUGACCAGUUGAAGAAGACGGUGAAGUAUACAUACUGUUUCGUCGAAGCUCGCUGUGAGAUCAAAGCAGCGGGAGGAGGCAUUUACAAACUACAAAUUCAGGUUGAAAACCGACUAAAUUCCAGCGAAUUCACGAUACCUCAUACGCCCCAUUUUCAAGACAAGGAUAACAAGACUGUAUUGUGGGAGCAGAUUUGCAAUGUG